UGUUAACUUUAGUGGUCGAUAGAAUUAGUCGCUAGCUUGAUUGGUCGCUGGAAUUGGUCGCUAGCUUGAGUCUGAUAAGAUGAAUACAUUGUAUAUACCUGUAAUAGAUUUCCAGACGUAUGCCUUAGGUCAAGAUUGUCCAGCUGCUGACCUGGACAAAUUGGGAUCAGAAAUGUGUAAAGCGCUUGAAGAUAUAGGAUUCUGUUACCUGAAAAACCAUGGCAUUUCUCAAGACGUUAUAAACGAUGCCUUCAGGUCAUCAAGAAGGUUCUUUAUGCAACCAGAUGAAGAAAAAGAAAAGUUCGCGAGAUCAAAAUCAAAACAUUAUAACUUUGGAUGGGUUGGAAAAGAGGGUGAAAAGCUGAACGGUCCAGAACAUCCGGGGGAUUAUAAGGAAACAUGGAACGUUACUAUUUAUAAGCAAGAAGAAUAUUCAGAUGAAUGGCCUUCACAUAUUCCUGAGUUAAAAAGUUCUAUGGAGAUUUUGUGGGACAAAGGAACAGAACUUUCACUGAAAGUGUUUGAUGUUAUUGCAAAUGGUCUAAAUUUGGAGGACAAACAGUAUUUCCGGAAGUGUCAUAAACUAAUAGGAACACCAAACAACAAGAGUUUAUUAAGGUCAUUGUUUUAUCCAGAAAUUCCUGCGGAUUAUGAAAUAAAAGAGGGUCAAUUACGAUGUGGAGAACACACAGAUUAUGGCCCUUUAACUUUGCUUUUCCAAGAUGACGUUGGUGGGUUAGAGGUUAGAAACCGAGAUGGACAGUUUGUACCAGCCACGCCGAUACCUGGUACUAUUUUAGUUAACAUCGGUGACAUAUUACAAAGAUGGACAGCUGAUAAGUUAAUGGCCACAAAACACCGAAUUUUGAUGCCUAGUGCAAACAUGGAAAGAGGACAGACAAGGCAAUCUAUAGCCUAUUUUACUUUCUCGGAUGAUGACGUGAUGAUUGAGUGCCUGGACAAAUCUAAUGAAUACGAGCCAAUCAAAAGUAUUGACUAUCUAAACUCUAAAUUCAGUCUCACAUACUGAAUACAUGUAUAUAGAAAUAGCAAUAUAAAGCACGCUAUGCAUAAAAAAACUGAUGCAAUUUUAUUUCAUUAUUUGUACGUUAAUUAAUAAUGUAUGGCUGUGUUUACUAUUUAGAUUCUUUUCAUAAAAGAUUAUAUGACGAAUAGCUAAUAUUGGACCUCCACAUAUUUCUUAAAUAAAUUUACAAAAACUGUUAA